GCCGUUGAACGCUGAGCAACUUGCUGCCAAUGCUGCCAGCUAUGUACGUGACGCGUCCAAUUAUAUCCUCGUGACCUUCUCUCGCGAAAAGAGUAGCACAUGUGUCAAAUUACAAUGUGUACCCACUUAUGCAUCCCGCCGUAGCUAUAAAAAGUCAUUCCUCGACCAUGAUCAUGUCGUGUAGUCCCAUCCUGGCUCUCGAACCUCGAUAUGAUGUGGGUCAUUGCGUCGCUCCUACUUGCAGGUGUCGCCCGAGCGGCUAUCCCUAAUGCCAUGCUCCGUGGCAUGCCUUCUCUUCCAAAGGUCCCAGUCCCGGAACGUUCUGUUACGUCGCCGAAUGGCACAGCACUCCCACCCAUUACGACCGUCUAUUACUUCGACCAGCUCAUCGACCACAAUGAUCCAGGUCUCGGAACCUUCCAGCAGCGGUACUGGAUGGACUGGGAGUUUUAUGAGCCUGGUGGUCCCAUUAUCUUGAUGACACCCGGAGAAACGGACGCAGAUGGCUACGAAGGCUACCUUACCAAUGACACUAUCAAUGGCCUCAUCGCUCAACAACAGAAUGGUGCAACCGUCCUUAUCGAACAUCGUUUCUUUGGCUAUUCCAACCCAUACGACAACCUCACCUCACAAUCUCUUGCGCUCCUCACCAUCCAGCAGGCUGUCGAUGAUCUCGUGUAUUUCGCCACCACAGCAGACCUUCCGAUGCCUGGGGGUGAUGCUGUGAAGCCAGGUCAGGCGCCAUGGAUACUGAUCGGAGGAAGUUACUCGGGAGCCCUUACCAGUUGGACGAUGGUCAACAAACCGGGAAUUUUCUGGGCUGGAUAUGCAUCUUCUGCCGUCGUAGAGGCAAUCACUGACUAUUAUGGCUAUUUCACUCCGAUUCGCGACUACAUGCCACAGAACUGUUCUUCUGAUGUAGAAGCAGUGAUCGCCUACCUGGAUGGGAUGUACGCGGCUGGUGAUACCGCUGGGAUCCAGACGCUCAAGGAAGCAUUUGGCCUCGGCGAUGUUAUACACGUAGACGAUUUCGCUAGCGCACUUCAAUACAACCUGUUUGAUUGGCAAUCUCUACAACCUGAUGUCGGCCCAGGAGCCAUGUUCUUCGACUUCUGUGAUGCCCUCGAGGUUAAGGAUGGUGUCAACGCUGGACCUGAAGGAUGGGGACUCGAAAACGCCAUAUACUCUUGGGGUAACUUCUGGAAUACUACAUACUAUAACUACGUCUGUGGAUACGAAGAUGCUGAAACCUGUCUUGGGACGUAUGACACAACCCAGUCCUACUGGACCGAUGCUACCGUGAACAACGCCGGAAGGUCGUGGUUCUGGAUGGUGUGCAACCAAGUCGGAUACUACCAGGUUGGACCCCCUGAAGGCCAGCCUGCAAUCGUGAGCCGCAUCAUCCAACCCAUUUACGAAGAGCGCCAAUGUGUCAACAUGUUCCCUCAAGCCUUCGCCUACCCACCUUUGCCGACCACUGUAGAGACCGACAUAAUGUACGCUGGCUGGGACGUCUACAUGCCCCGCCUCUUCUUCGCCAACGGCCUACGCGACCCUUGGCGCGAAGCAACUGUGUCUGCUGAUGGGUUGUUCAAGCCUAACACUACCGUCAUGCCCAUCUACGAGGGUGAUGGAUUCCACUGCUCAGAUUUGAUCAUAGAGAAUGGCAUUGUGGACCCGACUAUCAUGACAGUGCAAGAAGCUGGGUUAAUGUACAUGCAUGAGUGGCUUGCUGAGUGGAAGCCUUCAGCUUGAUCAUCGGCUCGUUAUAGAUUAAUUAUCUUAUCUUGUUUGAU